GUGGCCAUCAAUAGCCAAUGAACGAACGACUUAGUCACCUCGAUACCGUACACAAAUUUUGGAGACGGAGAUCAUUUUUGUUAUUGAAUUUCAUUUGGAACAUGAAUCGCUAAAGGAUAAAGCAGACUCAGAUACUUUGGAUUUAGUUCAUUUACACUGUAUACAUACAUGUGUAGAUUUCUUUCUCCUGAGCCGCGUGUGGAGAAGAAGCAACCAAGAUGUGGGCCUCAAAUGGGAGCUUUGGUGGAGAAGUAGAACAGCCCUAUCAAAACAAGUUUGGUGGAUCACAUCCUCUGCCAUCCAUCCCUUCCUCCCAGACUCCACAACCCAGCUUUGAUAAUGCCCUGGUACCGGUGGGUGGGCGUCGCUCCCAGCUCUCUCAGCUCUCUCAGAUACCCAAUGGUGGAGGCCAGUUUUCUAAUGGAGAUUACCACACUGGAAGGAUUCAACAGAUGGAGAAUAGAUUGGGUGUGGCAGAACAGUCUAAUAGAGCACUACUAGAGGAGGUCGUCAGGUUACAAGGUGAACUAAAGCAAUCAUAUAGGACCACAGAGGACACAUUGCUUGCAGAAAGACAAGCCAGACAGCAGCUCACAGAAAACAUCCGUGCUUCUAACGACCUGAUUGGGCAGCUAGGAGCUCGGUUGAAACGAGCAGAGGAGAGAGUAUCUGAUGAAAGAACAGCUGUAGGUGCUUUGGUUAAUCAUACUAAACAGGUUGAACAGGCUGUACUGGGUAGUCAACAAGAAAUACUAGCGAAGAGAGAUCAGCAGAUGACAAGGUAUUCUGAACUGAAGAAUGAAUUAGAUGAAGCUAAUCGGAUGAGAGAGCAAUUAGAACGAGUGACUACAUCCUUAGUAGAUGAUGUGAGACAGGUGAAGGGUAGAACAGACACCUCACAGGUUGAGAUUGGUAGUCUGGUUCAUGAUGUCAAGGAACGGACCAAGAGAUUAGAAGAAGAUAAUAGGACAUUGAGGAUGGAUCAUCAAAGAAAAUUCAACGAAAAUCAACAACAUUCCAAUCAAACAACAGCUGUCUUACGAUCUCAACUUGAUGCUCGGUUGGGUGAGGUACGAGAUGUUUUGAUGGAUUUGAGAAACAGGGUAACCACCGAGGAGACUGAAAGGAGGCAACAAGAACAGAAUCAAUUGAUUAAAAUGAAUGACAUGCAAGCUCAGCUGCAUGAGGUGAGCAGGAAACGGGAUGAAUCCAUGCAUGCCUUGGAUGUGGUACAGCGAGAGAGAGAACACGCAGCAGACAAUGAGAGACUGAAGAUGCACGGCAAGAUAGCAGAGAUCGCUGAGGAAGUCAGUAAGAAGAUCUUAUCCAAAGAGAUACGACUCAGGGAAGAGGCACAGCAGAAGUUCGGUAAUAUUGAAAAGUAUCUUCAUGCAGAGCAAGCAGCUCGUAUAGCUCAUGAGCAAGCAAUGAGGGAGGAGAAUGAGAAGAGAUGGGCUGCUUUACAGAAACUCACAGAGGAAGAAGUACUCCAUGUACGAGAAGGCCAGAAGCUUGACAGGCAUAAGAACGUUGGUGGUAUGAACAAAGUGAGUGAUACUGUGGAGAAAAUGGAGAGACAAUCAGCAGAAACAAGGAAACAACUGGAACAAGUUAUGAAGGCUGAAAUCAAAACAAGACAAAGUCAAGACAAGCAGAUUGAGAGUAAGAUAGAGGAUGUACAAGAGAAGCUUGGUGUUGCUAUAUCAACCCUUCAGCAAGCCAUCGGAGGCAUCAAUGAUCAAGUCUCAAGCACUUCCAACGUGAGUCAAGAUAAGAUGGCAUCUGCUCUAGAGGAAGCUAAGAAUGGUCAGUUGAGAGCAGUGACUGAUCUAGACGCCAGGUUAGCUACUCUACAGAGUAAGAUGGCUACACAAGAAGAGACAUUGGAAGACAGGAUCCUUGCUGCUGUAGAAGAAGCACUAGGUGACCAGGGCGCAAAGGCAGCCAACCAGAUUGUAGAAGAUCACUCUGAGAACCUAGAGAAGAUCAAUGAUUGGCAAGACACAGCUGAUAAGAAGCUUGUUCAUGUGAAGGAACGUAUGGAUGAACUAGGACCAGAGAUCAGAGAGAUGAAUAGAACCAAUGAAACAUUACAAGAAGAUAUGAAGGGACUCGUAGAUACAGAAGCUAAAGACAGGAUCCGAGAUGUUCAGAUGGUACGUGCGGACCUAGCUACCAAGGUCAGUCAGUUACAGCAGCAGAUAGAGGCUGCAGCACAGAAAGCUGCCCAGGGUGGUGGAGCACCUGCUGCUGCUCCUAUACCCAUCUCUCAGAAAGAGAAGCUAGCAGCAGGCAAGGGAGGUGGUAAGGUGGAUCCAGCAGCUCUGGAGAAGAUGGAGUUCUUAGAGGAGGAGCUCAAUAAGCAAAGGAAGAAGGUGGAAGAGGUAAAAGAGACUGUGGCCAAGGUUGAGAGCAGUGUACAGACAGUCAGAGUUCAUCUUACAAGGAAGGUCGAUACUGAGACCAAAUCGCGACGGGAGGAGAUCCGGGAUCUUCAGCUCGUCUUUGAGGAAUUCAAGGACAAAGUAGAACCUCUCCUGAAGAAGAUUGAAGAAGAAGAAGAGAAAGAGAAAGAGAAGAAUAAAGAUAACGAUGAAGAUGGUUCAGGGAAGGAAGACGAUAAGAAAGAUGAUGAUGACAAGGAUGAGAAUGAUAAUGAUAAAGAGAAGGAUAAGGAUGAUGAUAAAGACAAAGAUGGAAAAGAUGAUGAUAAGAAGGAUGAUAGGAGUGGAAGUGCAGGGGGUAGUGGUAAGUAAGGUGUAUGGAUGAAUCAUUAACUCACGGUGUGAUUGACACCACUCUCCUAUGAUAUAAGUGCCAACUCCAGUAUUUAGUCUAAAUAUGUGUUUUAUUAAGGGACAUCCAUAAUGUGUUCCAUGUAGUAAGGGUCGUUCUUACCAAGUACUACUUACCACAAUUUAUAUUGCAAAGGCAAGGAAUCAGUGUUAUAAAGUAUUCUGUUGGCAGCCUAAAAAUGCCACAAUAUGUGGCCAUUGAAAUCUAAAAAUGUAAACAAACACUGUUUGAUUGAUAUUCUUGCCAUUUUACCUGGAUGAUGUGAUUGUGAAAGCAGUGCAUUCACAUUAAAAUUACCUAGGAUUAAUUUAAGUAGUACGUGCUGUAAAUUCAGUAAAACCAAAUGUAACACACACAUGUGUGCAUUUACAAUAUGAUGCAUGUGUAUGUACAAUAGUAAAAUAAAAAAAAAUUGAAGGGGGAAAAUAACUCAUAGUUUAAAAAGAAGUGAACUAGGAGUGAAUGAAAACACAGCUCACUAGCAUUUCAAAAUGAUUUACUAUUUAUGAUUUUUCUGAUGUCUGUAACUGGUACGUUUGUGUAUAUUUCAAGUUGAGUGUAAAUUAAGAUUAAAAUGAAAGAAAAGAAGAGGGGUUGUGAGUUUUUGAACAUUCCAUCUUUUUAGACUUUAUUCUUAAAAUAAUCUUUUUGUGAUGUACGUUAUUUUCUUAUACUUAUUUUCUGAGCCUAUAACAUUGACAGGCACUCGGUCAUUACAGUAAUCAGUGAAUUUAGUAUUUAGAUAUUAUUGAAAGUCAUUCUAUCAACUCUGUGGUCCUAUAAGGCUCGCCAAUUUUGAAGGGAUGUUUAUAUUGUUUUCAUAAAGUUACAUUGUCAUAUAGGCUUAACUCAACUUUUGUAAUAUCAUAAUUCUACAUUCAUCUCAAACUAUAAGUAUGUGACAUUAUUUGGGCUGUUAAUAAUAAGAACACUUCCAAUAUAUUUCUCAACUUUAAUAAGAAUAUAGUAUAUGAUAAAAAUUACUUCAUUAUUUUGAUUUGAUAGCAGCUGUCAUAUUUUGUAGAAAGAUCACAUUUAUUUGUUUAUGUAUUAAACACCUUGACCAGUGACUGAAAUAUUUCAUGUCGAUCAAUUACUAUAUUUUGCCUAAUUGUCUGUUAAUUAACUAAUUAAUUCUGUGUUCCUGGUAAUCUGCCAAACUAAACUGAUACUCUGUAUUUUUGUAAUGGAAAAUUUUGUGUAUGUCAUGGGUUUAACCUCCAGACACUUUUUAUAUUUGAUGAUACUAACAGCGAUAACUUUAAAACGAUAAAUUUGAUGGUAAAUUCAGUAUACUUGCAGUGUACUUUCAAAAUUAAAUGUUGAAGUUAUAUCUAGGUCUUAGAUUCAACUAGGAUUUAAUUGCUGAACAGUGGGGAGUUUUCGGAAAGAAAGAAAACAAAAAUUCUAAAGAUAGUUCAUGACUCGUCAUAUGAAUUGGGAAGCUGCGUAACUCCAUAAUAACCUACCCCAAAAAAAAAAAAUUGUUCAUGAAUUGAAUGUCCUUAUGUCGAUUAUGACAUGAAAUGAAGAAUGAAAAUUAGAAUUCUCAGUGACAAAAUAUUGUAAAAUCUGUGUUUUAGCAAGUUUCAUUGAUCUACCCCCCCCCCCUCCCUCCCCCAUUUGAUGUGGUCUUGAAGACCGUCUACUCAUUGUUUUUCAUUCACACAGUGAAUAUCAGGAAGUCUUAUUCUUCCAUACAUGGCAUUUGUAACCCGUAACCUGGCAGAUUUAUUACUUUUAAGUUUCGUCUAAUUUUUUCAUGUAUAACUCAUGUACUUUUUAAGUCACUUUUUUCUGUAAAGUUUCCUGAUAUUUGUGUUAUCAAACUCAAUUUUUGUAAUAUACUUUAAGUCUCCUCUAUCCUACACAUUUUCAACUGUAUCCUAUCAUUUUCUUCUGUAAUAAUUUGGAUCUCGUCUGAAUUCUAUAAUGUGUUUUUGGUAAUAAGGAAUUACUUAAUUCAAUAUUUGCAGGUAUCUUGUUAAAUUUGAUGUUGAAUAUGAUUGUUAUAUCAAAGUAGUGAGUAGAUUCUAAUUCGAAAAAAGAGUUGCAGGCAACCCUUUAUUUCUCUGUCAAAAAAAGUUAUUCCUUGCAGUAACAAUUUUAGAAGAAGGAAGCAUUGCCUCAUAUGUUAUUGUAUAGUUUGUGGCAAGGAUAAAACUGGUAAAUUGCAAACGUAACAGGACACUUUAAAAGUUUAAUUUAUUAAAAUUCAAUCAAAUUUAACAUGAAUCAAUUAGUGAAGCAUGUAGUAUCAUACUUGUGAUUUAGUAUUAAGUAUAUGUGUGUUAAUUAUCCUGUGAAGUCAACACUUUCACGUUCUGCCGUCCUAUUUGUCGAUCUAUAUGUAUUAUAUGAAUAUUCAUGCAAAUUAUAUAUGUAGCCUUUCCAACAUAGAACAAAUUAUAUGAUAACUAGAUUGAGAUAUAUAGCAGCGAGAUAAUUGUAUUUCUAAAUACCCUAUCAGGUACUACAGCCUAUUUAUAUAAUAAAAAUCACUUAGGUGAGAGAUGAUUGAUUAUCAUGAA